CCGCGCCGCUGCCACUCCCGGGAGCAUGAAGGACCGAACCCAGGAGCUUCGCACGGCCAAGGACAGCGAUGAUGACGAUGAUGUCACUGUCACCAUGGACCGAGAACGCUUCAUGGAUGAGUUCUUCGAGCAGGUGGAGGAGAUCCGAGGUUUCAUUGACAAGAUCGCAGAGAACGUGGGGGAGGUGAAGCGGAAACACAGCGCCAUCCUGGCCUCCCCCAACCCUGACGAGAAGACAAAGGAGGAGCUGGAAGAACUCAUGUCUGACAUAAAGAAGACAGCGAACAAAGUUCGUUCCAAGUUAAAGAGCAUUGAGCAGAGCAUCGAGCAGGAGGAAGGCCUGAACCGCUCCUCGGCCGACCUGAGGAUCCGGAAGACACAGCACUCCACUCUGUCCCGAAAGUUUGUGGAGGUCAUGUCGGAGUACAAUGCCACGCAGUCUGACUACCGCGAGCGCUGCAAGGGCCGCAUCCAGAGGCAGCUGGAGAUCACUGGCCGGACCACAACUAGUGAGGAGCUGGAGGACAUGUUGGAGAGUGGGAACCCCGCCAUCUUUGCCUCCGGGAUCAUCAUGGACUCCAGCAUCUCCAAGCAGGCUCUGAGCGAGAUUGAAACACGGCACAGUGAAAUCAUCAAGCUGGAGAACAGCAUCCGCGAGCUGCACGACAUGUUCAUGGACAUGGCCAUGCUUGUUGAGAGCCAGGGCACUUUCCCGAAGUCCUGUCCUGAGCCAGGGGUCCAUCUGGAGCUCGGGUACCCCUGGCCCUGCAGGGGGAGAUGAUUGACAGGAUCGAGUAUAAUGUGGAGCACUCGGUGGACUACGUGGAGAGAGCCGUGUCUGACACCAAAAAGGCUGUCAAGUACCAAAGCAAGGCGCGCCGGGUCAGUAGCCCUGGCUCUACCUGAGCCCACAUCCCACCACCCAGUAGAGCCCCCAGACCAUCCCACAUCCCUGCCCGUUCUACCUCUUCGAAGCUCUUCACCUCGCCACUACACUAAUCUCGGAUCAUCACCUUCCCCACUUUUAGAUCCCCCAGACUCUCCAGCCUUCAACCCCCAUUAUAGUCUCUCCCCAGCUUCCGUCCCCCACUCUGUCUGAGGCCUCUCCUUCUCACUCCCUGUGCAGAAGAAAAUCAUGAUCAUCAUCUGCUGUGUGGUCCUGGGCAUUGUCAUCGCCUCUACCUUUGGAGGCAUCUUUGGAUAGAAACCACCCCACCUGCCACUCCGUUCUAGAUGGGCCAUCCCAGGAGGCCCCUGGCUGCUGCCGCCUGGCUGAGCUGCUCUCCCCAACCCCACCUUCUGGCUCAGAGCACCCUCCCUCCCUCCCACCCUGCCCUGAGCCUUGUCGUAUGCAUGAUUAUUGUAACAGUGUGUGUCUGUACAGAAGAGGCAGAGGGGAGCGGGGCCAGGAAACAGCCAGGGGGGUAGGGAUGGGUCAGCAAGGGGCAGACUCAGGCCCUGGCCCAGGCUGCCCCACCCUCACCAGGCAGGGCUGCCUAGGGUGGCACAUGCUGCCCUUCUUCGUUCUCAGUAACUCCUGGGGUCUGCCCUUUCCUAAGAUCAAGGCUUUCUCUGGACCCCAACCUUGUCUCUAACUGAUGUGCCCAUCUGUCCUGUUCUCUGGCCUCUCUAGCUGUCCCAAGCCGAGCCCCCUGAGGGGUGGGGACCAGCUGGCCACAUGGUGCUGCUUUUCAGGUUAGGGGAGGGGAGGCCUUGAGGGACAGCCCAGCUCUAAGCCUCUAAUAGCUGAUCACUGCCAGGAGGCUCAGGGUGUCGUGGCUUCUGGCCACAUCAAGACCAGACUCCCCUACCUAAGGCAAAAGUCCAACAGGCCUUCAGCCUCAUCUUCCCUACCUACAUUCCUAUAGCCCCAGGAGAAACCCCUUUGGGCUAAGCCUGACCCCAAGUGACCCUCUGCUCUAGCCACUCUUGGAGCUAGGGAGGCAGAGCAGGCUGCAGUAAGUCCCCUGCCCUGGCAAAGCCAGCAGCCUGGGCCAGCCGCAGUCUCUGGCAGGCAUCAGUUGGGUCCUCAAGCCAGUGUUGCAUUUUUGAGACAGUGGUCCCUGCUCUUGUGCCCUGGGAAGUCGGAUACCACUCCAGGCCUGCAAUCUCAUCCUGCCCUUGCUGUCCUCCACUGAUGUGCCACAUGGGUGUCAGGUGUCUUGGAUGCAGUAUUCAGCAGCCAGCCAGCAAAGGCUACCUUCCUCCUUCCUGCCAUUUUGGGGCUUUUCAAGUCAGAAACGUGCCCUUACCCUAAGACCCUUCUUCCUCGUUGACAGGCAAGGAGUGUGCAUGCGAGUGCAUGCAGCAGGGGAUGGGGCCAUGUCUGUGCUCCACCUUCCCUCAGCUUUGCUCCUGCUGUGACUCUGACCACUGUCCGUGUUGCCUUCUCUAACAGCAAUUCCCUCCCACCCACAUCCCUUCACCAAAGGUCUUGGUACAACCAGCUGCCCAUUUUGUGAAAUUUUUAUGUAGAAUAAACAUUUGUAUCUGUA